AUGGCCGAUCCGACGCUGAGCUCGCCCCACCACCACCUCUUCCUGCGCAGAGGCAAGUGCGCAGGCCUCGAAUCAAGCUCAAGCCACUCAAGCCCCCAUCCGCGACUACCUCGGCCCCAGAUGACCGUGUGUACCCACUGCAAGGCUCGACACUGGGAGUGCGAAAGGACAAAGUCGACCGGACACUUCAGCACGCUGCUCGCAGGGCAAGGUGCAGCUACCUCCCUCUCUCCGGCCCAAUCCCAACUUUCAACAGCUACUUGAAGGCUCGGAUAGCGGUCAGUCUCUCCGCCAACGACAUUCGUCUGUAGUAGACCCACAUGCUGAACUGUGCGACCCACCUACACAGAAGCUAAGGCAUUCCUGCGUUCCGCGAGAAUGCCCGGUCGUACAACAACGCGCUGUCUUUCACUUCGCUUGCUGCUCACUUCGACCAGAUACGACUCGGCACUUUAGGACCCCCGUGUUCGCGUGUUCGGUCACCUCUAUCAUCGACUCGGUGCCCUGAUCCCCGCCGUGAAUCAACGCCCAGCCUUUGCUCAGACAUGGCUCAUCGACCCGGCCGAGGCCACUGACACUCGACUGGGACCCGACGGCGCAGACAGUCGCAUACAAAGAUCUACUUUGACCAAGCUCGAGCCCAUGUUGCGUACCAAGGAUCACUUUGUGAGGGAGUUCGCAUCGGCCAAAACCCGCGCAGGUUGGGACACGGCCAAAGAGUCGGCCCUGCGCCUCUGCCGACCACCUGGCCGAGACCGACGCACCCACAACCUUCCUACGUCGAGCACGGAAAUGGCGAUGCUUAUCUGCGAUUCCGAGACCAACACGGGAGAUCGUGGACCUCACCGUCUGCGAUGCCUCUCCGUUACCCACUACUAUUUCCUGCAGGGGAAAAUGCCUUCCACCCCAACAUUCCUCUUUGCGGGUUCCACCAAGCCGGGCCGCCCAUCGCCAGAAACCGAGAGCAGAUCGACAAUGGUGUCCAAUUGCGCGAGGUACUUGCCGGUCUCGGUCUGGAUGACGAAGACGAAGAGGAGGACGAAGACCGCGACGAUGAGGAUGAAGACGGCGAGGAAGGUGAAGGUGAACGUAAGCGUCUUCGGCUCUUUCUCACGUCUUCCAUUCUGUUGAGAUGCAAGCACAGACUGACAUAGAAUGUUUGAACAUCUAGCACGAAGAUCAAGGAGAAGGGCUCGAGGUGGAUCAACCCGAGUCUUGCGUUCCCAAUUCUUUGCAUACUACUUUCACGAACGCGGCAACAAUCUCUCAAUCCCGCGUUCCACCCGGCGUCUCUUUCUCGAGGUUCGUGAUCGACGGAUACUCCCAAGUCGAGACCGAUCGACUGAACUCCAUCCGGUUGCAUCAAGAAAACCUGCGUCUCACCACGGCCCAAGGCAUCGCUGAAGCUGUUGCCAACAGCUUGACCCCGGAUCAAAUGGGACGUUCGGUGAUUUUUGGGCUCGAUCAACGUUGAAGAACAGGCCGUGUGAGAUCACGCAGGUUACCAAGGUACGAUGGCUUGCGUCGUCAAAUAUGAAAAGCCUUCACUGUUCAUCACGGUGACGUGCAUCCCCGGACGGCCGGAAAUCCAGGCUGCACUCGGGCCAAAGGACCAAGCAUGCAACCGUCCGGAUCUCAUUGCACGAGUGUUUGAAGCCAAGCUGAACCGACUCUGCGACGACGGCAACAAGCAAGGUGCAGGCUGUUUCGGCGUCGUUCUGAUGCAUACACACGUGAUCGAUUAUCCGUCGAGGCAGCCGAAACUGAGGGUGGGAUGGCGCCCGAUCUAUUUCGCCGGUGUAUCUGCAUUCAAUCAACCCGUCCGACUUCCCCGCGCAUCACUUGCGUCUCAAGGAAGGGAUCCCUGUAGUUCUUCUUCGCAAUCUGGACCCAGACGCCGGCCUCUGCAACGGUACUUGCCUUAUCGUCUUGCACGCAAGAUCGCAAGUCAUUCCAGCCAUCAUCUUGACCGGAGAUUGA